CAGUAGAUGUAACCAAUAUCACUAUCGAAAACAAAAACAUAUACUAAAAUCUAAUCUAAUAUAAUAAAAUAAAAAAGGCAGCAAGGUUAUGCAUCUAUAGGUUCUAGAUCUCUCUUUUAUUCUUGAGGGGCAUUAUUAGAAUAGAUUAUAAUAUAAUUGGCAUAGUCCAUGGUAGACCAUGAUUUUCAAAGCUGCGGCAGUGUUUUGUCUCUUAUGUCCACUUGCCAUUGCCCUAGACAAUGGGCUUGCACUGGCGCCACCAAUGGGCUGGCUGUCAUGGGAACGUUUCCGUUGCAACGUUGACUGUGUUAAUGAUCCCGACAACUGCAUUAGUGAGCGUCUCUUCAUGAAGGUAGCUGACUUGAUGGUUUCUGAAGGUUUCAAAGAUGCAGGGUAUGAGUAUGUCAACAUUGAUGAUUGCUGGCUAGCUAAAGAAAGGGACAGCAAUGGACGACUAGUUGCCGACCCUGAUAGGUUCCCCAGUGGCAUUAAGGCUUUGGCGAAUUAUAUCCACUCAAAAGGCUUAAAGCUUGGAAUCUAUGAAGACUUUGGCUCCAAGACAUGUGCUGGGUAUCCUGGCAGUGAGUUUUAUAUGGAACUUGAUGCCCAGACGUUUGCCGACUGGGAUGUGGACAUGCUGAAAUUUGAUGGCUGCAAUAGUGACCCUAAAGACAUGCCCUAUGGAUAUCCUGUUAUGCAGUUCUUCUUGAACAAGACCGGACAUCCCAUGGUCUUCUCCUGUGAAUGGCCAUUGUAUGAGUGGGCCCAUCGCCUCCCAGUGUCCAACUAUGGAAACAUUGCCAAGGUCUGCAACUUGUGGAGAAACUAUGUUGAUGUCACUGACUCUUGGGAGAGUGUCCUCUCUAUAAUAGACUUUUAUGGACAGAAUACUGGUAAUUUUAGCUACUAUGCUAAACCUGGUGCUUGGAAUGAUCCUGACAUGCUUGUUGUGGGUGACUUUGGCCUGAGCAUUUAUCAGCAGAAAGCUCAAAUGGCGAUGUGGGCUUUGUUUGCCUCCCCACUCAUGAUGUCCUUUGACUUGAGGAGUAUUGACCCGCAAGCCAAAGCGCUGUUACUGAACAAAAACAUUAUCGCCAUCAAUCAAGAUCCUUUAGGCAAUCAAGCCAUUCGACUUUUUGAGGUGCCGGGCUCCAUUUCAGUGUGGCUGAAGAAACUUUCUAAACCAGGCUCUGUGGCUAUUGGUGUACUAAACAAAGAUAAUGAAGGCACCCCUAUACCUUACAAAACAUCAUUUGCUGAUCUUGGUUUUAAGAAUGCAAAUGGCUAUUCUAUGACAGAAGCCUUUGAAGGCAAAAGUAUGGGUUCCUAUUCACUUACAGAGCAGUUUGUUCUAUAUAUUGAGCCCACAAGUAUAUUUCUAUUCAUAGCUGACCCUCUGUAAUAAUGACAUCAGGUGUAGUUUUUAAACAAGUUUAGAAAUACAGAUUGCCUACAUUGUACAUAGUUCUUUUUCUUACAGAAAUGUUGAAGAAUUUAUUUUUUUUGUUCAUUUAAAAAAUUUGUCACAAGCCAACCUGGCAAGUUAAUACUGAAAGUUAAUAGCCUUUAAGAAUUUUCAUAAGCAUCAAAGUGAUAACAUUCUAAUCUACCAAACCAAUAAGUUUAUGUAUUGCAAGUCUGAAUUAAUUUCAAGAAGGUGGGUCAGACAAUAAAGUGAUUCCUGACCAACAUUGUUGGACACUGUAGAAUGUUCUCUUACUAAGAUAAGAUAAAUAUUUUACAAUUAUUUGGUAUGAAAAAUUAUUCCAAACUGAACUUUUUUCUUUUGGAUAUAUGUUAAUGAUUUAGUCUGAACAAGUUAUUUACUUAUAAUUUAUAAUUGUAUAUUCACAUUUAACAAAGUGCUAAACAUUUUAGAUAUAAAAACUUAUGUUAAUACAUUCAAAAUUUUUUCGUAGAUUUCAUUCCUUUAAUGUAUUCAAAUCUUUUAACUUAUCUUUUUUUUUUGGGUACUAAUUUAAUAACCCUCAAUUUUUUAAAAUUAGCUUUAGGAGUGGAUUAGCAAUGAAAUUAAAAAAACAACAAAAAACAUGUUGCACUAACAAGACAUUGUCAUAAAUGGAGAUGUGUUGUGAAUAUUUGUUUAUCUUGGCACUGACUGUAUUACUGAACCAUUUGCUCACAUCUUUAAAUGCUUUGAUUGACUUUGAAUCCACUGAUGAUGUAUUAUACACUUUGGGUAAAAAAGCUUUGUUAGAUAUUCAUUUACUGAGUCAGAACAUUUUUAUUAUUUUUCAAUGGUCUUAAAAGUAAGUUAGCAAAUCUUGAGACCGGCCAAUUUUUCAAUCACAUAUUUUGUCGUGACAUAAGAAAAAGAUGGUCAGUUCCAUUUUCAUUUGGUUAAUUUUGGGAGAGAAAUUUGGAUUUGUAGCUAUAUUUUUUUUUUCAUCCUUGCAUCUUCAAUUGAACAAAUUGUGUAAAGAUCAUCAUGUGUUAUAUUUUUUAGGAUCACUUUAAAAAAUUACUUGCACUAAUAAAGUUGAGAUUAUUUGUUGGGAUGUUACGUUGCACGUAUGUGUACUUUUUGAAAUUCCAUACCAUCCAGUUCUCAAGUUGAAUGCUCAAAAAUUUUCAAGCUUAAAAUUAAUUUUUGCAGUUGAAAACUGAUCUAUCUCUUUAAAAAAAUAUUUUUAAGAUUUAAAAGCAUGAAAAAUUGUGUCAUACAAAAGCAAUUUUAACAAAAAUAAAAUAGGAGACGUGGUGGCUGGGUGGUAAAGUGCUUGGCUUUGAACUAGGAAGCCUGGGUUCAAAUCCUGGGAUUUUUUAUUUCAGGAUCUUCAGGGUGCCACUGACUCCACCCAGCUGUAAUGGGUACCUGAAAUUAGCAGUUUUGUAAAUCUGAUACAAUAUUUGUUUCUCUAAUUAAUUUUCUAUUCUAUGCUUCAAACAUUCCAACUUUUAAAAAGUUGUCCAUUUUUCUUGAAUAUAAACUUGUAAAUAUGGUUGUAUAUUUGGUGGGGCUAAUUAUUUAGUUAACAAAUAUAUGUGGUUUGAAUCACAACUAGAAUGUAAAUCAGUGGUAACAAUAAAGAUAUAUUUUUGUCUCCGAAGGCAAUGGAUGCGCCCAGAUGAGUCACUGAUUUUGGUUUCCUCUUGAGAUGGGACAGAAUCUGGAGUGACUAAUCAAGCUGAUUCUGAAGUGGCAGAGUUUGCCACAGUUUGUGCAUGUGUAUGCAUCUGUUUUUGAGCUAACUGUUCAACAUAAUGCAAUAAUUUGAGCAUUGAUGCCAUGCUCAUGUAGACACUCUCUGACUCAAUCUCUUUUGCUCUUAUUGGGCAUUCAGUUCAUGUGUAAUACAAAAAGAAUUCAGCCUCAUUUUAAGGUCAUAGAAGACAUUUUUGUUAAUUGAAUAACUUGCAGAACACAAACAUUUUUUUUUAUGAAUUGAAUCCAGUGAGAGUCUUUUAUGUAGUGGCUUCUGAUAUUGUCUCAUUUUUUUUGUGUGUGGUUUUUACAUGUGGGCUUCUUGAGUUGAAUCAAUUUUUUUUUGUCUGCUUUUUACAUGUGGGCUAUUUGUCUUUGAAUUAAGAAAAUACAUUGACCUAUCCAUGACUUGAUUGACUUAUGGACACACAUAGGACAUUAUCAUCUUUUUUUUUUUUGAAGUAACAUCUGUGUUAGAGAAUACAAUUCAUUUAACGCUUUCAGCAGUUUGUGGUCUCAGCUUUUAUUUUUUAAAAACUAAUUCUUUUUUUUUACCAGAGUUUUAAAACCCAUGAGUUGAUUUAAAAUGUUUUCUAUAACUACAGUUUGGACUCAAGGAGGCAUAAAAUGAGAUAGUAGCUCUGUAUUGUGUGUCUAAUGACUGUUUAGAAAGACCUUCACCUCACUGCCUUAUAAAUGUUGAACACUUUUCUUUUCCAUAGACUUAGGGUUUGGAAACUUUAUUAGGAAAGAGUCCUGCCUUAAAUAAUUAUUGUAUACUGUCUUGUUUUGUUCUUUAUCAAAUGUAAUCCAUUCAAUUAACUCCAUUAGGGUUUGGAAACUUCAUUAGGAAAGAGUCCUGCCUUAAAUAAUAAUUGUAUACUGUCUUAUUUUGUUCUUUAUCAAUUGUAAUCCAUUCAAUUAUCUCCUUUAUGUUUAAAACCUAGUUGUAUGCUUUUUAAAAUCCCAAGUUUUUGUAAUUGUUUUUCACAUAAUAAAGAUUAUUGACACAUUA